CGCCGCUGUUAGUCACUCUGCUUCCUGCUUCGCUGUGCAGUUUGUUAUUGAAGACGCGUAGCUCAUUCAAAUGUGACGGGAAAUGUUGACGGUCGGAAUUGAUGAAGUUGGGAAAUGAAAGUGUUAAGUCCUCUGUGAGCCCAGCUACAUAAAUAUAAAAAACACGCGCAAAAGAUGUCAGGGCCGCAUGAGCAAAACAGGAAGCGCCGCCCCCCAAAAAUGUUCUUGAUCUCGACCGACCUGAAGGUCCAGGACCAGCUGGACGGUACCAUUCGGCUGGAGCGGGGGUUCAUCUGCCAGGAGCAAGACUCGGGCAAGAACAGAGGCGAAUCCCUUUGGGUCAAGGUGUUAGACAAUGGCAUCAUGCUAAAACUAGAGAGGAAGUACCUGCACGAAGUUCCGGCAGACCUCAACGGCCUGUUGGAGCCUGUAUGGGAGCCGGAGGCCCGCCUAAAACUUCUAAGCAAUCCCGGGAAGCUGCAGCAGCUUGCUAGUUUGCCUGUUGAUGCUCCGCUGUGGGUCCAAAUAAUCCAACAGGACGAGCUGGCAGAGGCAGAGCUUAAAUACAUCGGGCCACUGACCAGAGGCAGCAGCGCCGUGUAUUUUGGGGUGCAGCUCAAGGGUUCAGCGGCAGGUAAAGGAGUGGGCAGUGGUUCAUUUAAAGGCCAGCGGCUCUUCACUUGCCCCGAAGGCUGCGCCCUCUUCGUCCCAGUCAGCCACAUCAAGCUCCGCCACUGGUCUUCGAGCAAUGGCUCCGACGCACACGAGAGAGUCCGCGAGCGAGACCGCAGCAGCAACAGUCAGCCCAGCAGCGGGCACAACAGCAACAACGAACGCCCAAAUCAACAGCAGCACAGUCGUCGUAUUAGUUACCACCAGCAUCAUCACGGCAGCCCUCCUCAGCCGCAAACUUUCACCGUCCUCGCUCGCAGAGCAGAGUCGGUGCCCGUCGCAGUUCCACACCAGGUCCAGUUCCGAGGCCCGGCGUCACCUCCACUGUUCCAUGUCGGCCAGCGGGUGUGUUUCCCACUGGAAGACAAUGUCUAUGGGGGGGAGGUCCGCUUCUGUGGUCCCCUGCCUGGCCGAUCCUCUUCCGGGAUCUACGUCGGAGUCCUGCUGGACGCUCCUGUUGGUAACUGGGACGGGCUUUGUAAGGGAGAGAAGCUCUGUCACAUUCCCACCAGCCUCUAUGGACUACUACUGCCGAUCACCAAGGUAUCCUCAGAACCUAAAUCCCUCCGUCACAACCCUUCUCAGAUUCCCAAAUCCAUCCUGAAGCCUGUGCCGCCCCCCAGCUCUAAACAGGGCCCCACGUCACCACCCGCCUCUGCUCCAAAGGUCGCCCUGAUGCCCCCCGGCAAACAAGCACUUAAACCUCCUCCGCUGCCGCCACCAAAACCCACACAAAUGCCCGUGCCUCCGCCCCCUCUCCCGCCUCCCAAACCCCGCAGCCCGACAUCACCCACCACCACCGACCCGCAGCACCACACCAAUGGCGUACAUGGCCCUCCUUCGCCGCUGCGAUCGCCAGACAUUGUUGACGACACAGGGGUGAUUGGAGAGGCCAGACCGGAGGGCGAGCUGGAGGUUGGGUCGAUGGUUGAAGUGAAUGACCCGCCGCUUUUUGGUGUUGUUCGCUGGAUUGGACGGAUCAGUGGGAUUACAGAGGCAGUGGCAGGCAUCGAGCUGGACCAGGAGCUGUCUGCUGGAACAGAUGGCAGUUACCUCGGGGAACGUCACUUCCGUUGCCCGGCUAAUAAAGGGUUGUUUGUCAAGCUUCGCAACUGUAGACGGGACUCCAGGUUUCCCGCCCCUGAGACGCCUGUCAAUCAAGUAGAGCGAUGCAACUCUAUAGCCUUUGCAGAGUGGGGCAGCGAGCGAGUGGAGGAGCACACUCCUCCUGUGGACGGGGACGAGGCCUGUGAGCUCUACCGGGGCUGGAAGAGAGGCAUCCAGGGUCACCUCAACUCCUGCUACCUGGACGCUACACUGUUCAGUCUAUUCUCCUGCUGCAGCUCAGCAGACUGGGUCUUGUUUUGGCCCUCUGAUCCUGAAACUGACUCGAGUCAGGCUCAGGACCUGCUGCGCUGUGAGAUAGUCAACCCCCUGCGGAGGUAUGGCUACGUGUGUGCUAGUAAGACCAUGGCCUUGAGACGACUGCUGGAGGCUGCGAACAGCAACACAGGCUUCACCAACCAGGAGAAAGAUCCUGAGGAGUUCCUCAACAAGCUUUUCCAGCUCCUCCGAGUCGAGCCGCUCCUCAAGAUCAGGUCGAUGACUCAGCAGCCUCAGGAGUGUCACCUCUACCAGCUCUUCCCGCCUACCCUGCCUCCCUCUCCCUCUUCGCCCUCGCCUCUCUCCCCAGUUGACUCCCCCAUCCCCCUAACUUCGCCCAGUCGGAUGAGAGUCGCCAGCGUCCAGGCGCUGCUGGAAUCCUCCUUCCUCCACGCCGGCCUCAAGUUUGUCGAGGCUCCCUCCUGCCUCGUACUGCUCAUGCCCAGGUUUGGAAAGGACUUCAAAAUGUUUGACGCCAUCUUGCCCUCUCUCAGCCUGGACAUCACAGACCUGCUGGACGACACUCUGAGACAGUGCAGCAUCUGUCAGACUGUAGCUGAGUGGGAGUGUCUGCAGUGUUAUGAAGACCCAGACAUCACUCCCGGUCGUCUCAAACAGUACUGCCAGACCUGCAACACACAGGUCCACAGUCACAGGAAGCGGGAGUCCCACGUCCCUGUGAAGGUUGCCGUCCCCGGGGGUGUGUUGACCGGCCCUCUUCACUGCACCCGCCAGCGAAUGUCUCUCUUUGCAGUGACAUGCAUCGAGACCAGCCAUUACGUGAGCUUCGUCAAGCAUGGACCCCUCCCUGCCAACUGGCUGUUUUUUGACAGCAUGGCAGACCGGGAAGGCGGCGAGAACGGCUUCAACAUCCCCCAGGUGAAGGCAUGUCCCGAGGUGGGUCGCUACCUCAGCUUGUCAGAGCAGGAGCUGAGCAGAGUUGACCCCGCUUCCUUACGAGAGUCCGCCCGCCGCCUGCUCUGCGACUCCUACAUGUGUCUGUACCAUAGCCCUGAGCUCAGCCUGUACAAGUGAACAAGGCACUGUGCAACGGACACAAACAUGUUCUCCUCAGGGUCUUAGGCUUAUCUGUCAGAAGAAAACCAUACACGUCCGAAAUAUGACUUUUUUUGAGUAACCGUAAUGAAUUUCUGCCCUGUUUACACUUCACAGUAAAAUGCAUCUUGGGUGAUUCAUCAUGUGUAACCAUUACGUUCAAGUCACAGAGCUAAGCAUCCUGUUUUCCUAUUAAUAAAUAAAUACCUGACUCUAGUUCAUAAUCCAAGCAAAGAGAUAUGUUACCUAAUAAGUAACAAAAAUGCAGUACAGAUGUUAAACGUGUUUUGAGGUCAUUUGGAAACUGAGCCAAAUAAAAUAUUAGUUCUAAUUAUGUGUUAAAGUUAAAAAAUAAAUAUAUAAAUAAUAUUCAGUAUCAGUUCAGCUCUAAUUGUAAUUGAUUGCUGAUCAGUUUGAAAGACCACCUGGACAAUGUGCGUUUAAGUUUGAAACCAUUUAGACAAGUUGUGCCGUUUUCAAAGGACUGAACUGGACCUCAGAGCUACAUGUGAUCUCUUCACACAAAAUAAAAAUGUGACAAUCAAGAAACAUUCACAUGAGAACAACAGUAUGAUGCACAGCAUCUCAUGGGGCUAUCGAACAAAUGAUGGGAAAUGUGAGAAAAUGUAUUUGCUGGGUGGCAGUAAAGGUCUUGACACCUGAGUUUUCCUGUGCCUUUAAUAAAGCUAACACUCAGAACCACUGUGCCUGUAACGUGUAACACGUACACUUUCCAAUUCAAUUUGCACUGCUUCAUUUACACGUCAGUAUGUGUAAAUAUGAUAUCAUUGCCUUUAAACUGACUGUAAACACUGCACACAGAUGUUUAAACUUUUGUAUCACUUACAGGUUGUUUAAUAUAUUACAGCUGCACACGAUGGGGACCAUGUCCUUGCUAAUAAAUGCUCUGUUACUCUUCCA